UCAGGUCCCUUCGGAUCUUCCGCCCCAAGAAGAGGCCUAGGCCUGCCCAUGCCAACUCGCCCCAGGCCAUAUAAAGUCUCAGCCCGUCCCAGCCCAUCUCCGUCACCCUCUGCAUUGACGCUACGAGCAUUUGAGCAUCAUCCAACGCAUUCAACAUCGAUUAAACCUUUAUCGCAACAACCGCCGAAUCCAUCAUCAAUAAAUUUCUGUCGUCAACUUUAUCGCCGAUACCGCUAUCAACAUGAGAUUCCUUCCCUUUGUCGCCGCCGCUCUCGCGGUUGUCCCAGGCGCCCUGGCUGUUGAUCAAAAGAAGUCGGCUAUUGUCUGGUUCGAGGACGAGUCUACCCCUGACAGCAUCGUCGAUGAGUGCAAAAACGCCCUCAUUAAGGCUGGUGGAAAGAUCACUCAUGUUUACUCCAUCAUCAAGGGCUUCUCCGUCAUCGCACCCGAGAAGGCUCUCGAGAUCGUCCAGGUCAACCACGAGAACCAUCAGAUUCGGGUUGAGAAGGACGAAGUUGUUACAACGGACUAGAGGUGCCAGGGGUAAUACGAAAAUGAUGAUGUAAAGACGACGGGACAACAGCAUGCCUUUGAAAUGAACUGACCGGGGUUUCACGGCAGUGUUGGGAUAGUGAUAUCCUUUGUUUGGGCGUUAUAGGAUAGGAGCCUCGGUAUUGUCUGGAAGAGAACACUCGUUACGAGAUUCAAUGAGCUCAAUAUUAUUACAAAACCUCUCCCAGGUGGAAUAGAACUUUUGUUAUUCAA